AUGGUGGUACAGGUCUCACCGGGGCGGAGGGAAGGGGUUUUCCUGCCCCCAUUCUGCCGGCUCCUUCUCGGGGCCCCUCCUGCUGCCCGCCUCACCAAUGCCUUGCCCCCACGGCCCAGGACUCAUGCCCACCAUGUGAGCCCUGCCAGCUGGUGCAAGCAGCGCCUGGCUGGCCGCGGGAAGCAGGCAAGGAGGUGGGUGGGACCUCUGGACAGUCUUCAGGCCAGAGGGGGCGCCGAGCCCAGCUCCGGGCCCUACCGCUUCUACGACUAUAUUUUCUGGAGCAUAAUUCAGGAUCAGCCGUCUGACGGGCGCCCCCUCCGCGCCCAGCUCGCUGAAGGGCCGGCCUCUCUCCCCACACCGGACCCUACCCGCCCCUGGCAGUCGUUUGGGGUGGGGGAGACCAGACCGCCAGCGUCGCCCACUGCGCAAGAGAAUGGCCACGUGAAAAGCAAUGGAGACUUAUCCCCCAAGGGUGAAGGGGAGUCGCCCCCUGUGAACGGAACAGAUGAGGCAGCCGGGGCCACUGGCGAUGCCAUCGAGCCAGCACCCCCUAGCCAGGGCGCUGAGGCCAAGGGGGAGGUCCCCCCCAAGGAGACCCCCAAGAAGAAGAAGAAAUUCUCUUUCAAGAAACCUUUCAAAUUGAGCGGCCUGUCCUUCAAGAGAAAUCGGAAGGAGGGUGGGGGUGAUUCUUCUGCCUCCUCACCCACAGAGGAAGAGCAGGAGCAGGGCGAGAUCGGUGCCUGCAGCGACGAGGGCACUGCCCAGGAAGGGAAGGCUGUUGCCACCCCUGAGAGCCAGGAGCCCCAGGCCAAGGGGGCAGAGGCUAGUGCUGCCUCUAAGGGAGGAGACACCGAAGAAGAGGCAGGGCCUCAGGCUCCAGAGCCGUCUGCUCCCUCGGGGCCGGAGAGUGGCCCUGCACCGGCCAGCGCUGAGCAGAAUGAGUAGCUGGGUGGGGGCAGGUGGGUGAUCUCUAAGCUGCAAAAACUGUGCUGUCCUUGUGAGGUCACUGCCUGGACCUGGUGCCCUGGCUGCCUUCCUGUGCCCAGAAAGGAAGGGGCUAUUGCCCCCUCCCAGCCACGUACCCUCUCCUCCUCUCCCUCCUGUGGAUUCUCCCAUCAGCCAUCUGGUUUUUCUCCUAAGGCCAGUUGGAGAUGGUCCCUUACAGCUUCCCAAGUUAGGUUAGUGAUGUGAAAUGCUCCUGUCCCUGGCCCUACCUCCUUCCCGGUCCCCAUCCCUGCAGAAGGCAAUUGUUGGUUUUCUUCCCCAAUUCUUUUCCAAGUAGGUUUUGUUUACCCUACUCCCCAAAUCCCUGAGCCAGAAGUGGGGUGCUUAUACUCCCAAAUCUUGAGUGUCCAGCCUUCCCCCUGUUGAGUUUUUAGUCUCUUGUGCUGUGCCUAGUGGCACCUGGGCUGGGGAGGACACUGCCCCGUCCAGGUUUUUAUAAAUGUCUUACUCAAGUUCCAACCUCCAGCUUGUGAAUUGCCUGUGUCUCUUUUUUGACUUGGUAAGCAAGUAUUAGGCUUUGGGGUGGGGGGAGGUCUGUAAUGUGAAACAACUUCUUGUUGUCUUUUUUUCUCCCAUUGUUGUAAAUAACUUUUAAUGGCCAAACCCCAGAUUUGUACUUUUUUUUUUUUCUAACUGCUAAAACCAUUCUCUUCCACCUGGUUUUACUGUAACAUUUGGAAAAGGAAUAAAUGUCGUCCCUUUA